AUGACUAGUACUAAUGAAGAUAUAAUAUCUUCUUUGUAUCCACCACCACCCCCUUACUUUAAAUAUUUUACAGACGAAAACUUAAGUAAAUUAGAAACAUGGAAGAAUAAAGGCCAAGAUGAUAUGCAACUAGAUAAGACGGAUCUAGAACAGGCAAACGAAUACGAAGAUAAUAAACCACCGGGUGAGUUGAAAUUUUUAGUGCCACCCAAACAACCUGAUUCAGACCAUUAUAGAGGAUUUGGUAAUUUGUGGUCAUUUGAAGAUAAAUUACCGGGUUUAAAAGAACUGGGAUGGACCCAACUAUACAAAGAUGACGAUGAAUUGAUUACUUCAAACACUAAGAUUGUCGAAUUACACAAGCUAAUGGAUUCAUUAUUAUUAAACUUUUUGGAAUUGAUCGGGGUGGUGUCCAUUGACCCUCAACAGUUUCAUUAUAAAAUUGAAGAUUUGAAAUUAAUUCUAAUAAACAUUAAUCAUAUAUUAAAUACAUACAGACCCCAUCAAUCCAGAGAGAGUUUAAUAAUGCUACUAAGAAAACAAAUUGACAUGAAGCGAAAUGAAAUUAACGAAAUUGAUAAAACUAGCGAGGAUAUUAAAGCUAAAAUCUUGAAACUAGUUGAUGCCAACUACCAUGACGAUCAGGAGGAUGUUAAGAGCGAAGAAGACUCAGCAGAGGACAAAGAGAGUAUCAAAAAUAGCAUAAUACAAAGGCUCUUGGACCAAAACGUAUAG